AUGCCGAGGAUCGUACAGUUGCUAGCUGGACUCGCGCACAUCACUCUGCCUCAAGACCCGUCUCGGGAGCUGUGGUUGUACGGAGGCAAAGGCGGUCUGCUGUUCGCUGCCGACCUGACGGGCGAGGGACAUGUCACAACGUAUCCGAGUGACCAGGAGACAGUCACUAUUACUGCGCCUUUCGAGGGUGGUGUAAUCCCCGAGUAUGAAGUGAUCAAUGAAGGGCCGUGUACUGGGCGACAGACUUUUGUCUAG